AUGUAUGACAACAUCUCUGAUUUCACAAGAUAUGAUGACGACCAUGACCCCGAACACGGUGAAGAAGAAGUUUUACAAACAUCCAUUAAGACAGGAAAGGUUUUAACUCAAAGUCUCAUUAUUGACACCAAAGAUGGCGAAGUGGACGUUCUUCAAGAGCUGAAGAAAAAUACUUCUUCGGGAGGUAGUGGUAGGCAUGAACUUGAAAUAAAUGAGAUAGAAGAGAAAUUAGCCGAAAAAGCAGAUAAAAACCAUGUUCAUUAUAUAAGUUCAGACGAACAGAUUAUAACGGACUACCAUGGAUAUUUAACACAGGAUGAACAAAUAAGCACUGAAGAUGUUAAUGAAAGAAGAUAUAAAUACAUUCGUGCUAAAGGUUAUGACAUACGCUGUACUGUACAGUAUGACACAGGUAAAGCGCCAGAAGCAUUUGGUUAUAACAAUGAAAUUUAUGCUUCAUACUUCUUUGUUAACGGUAUAUUAGUUGAACUAAGAUUUACUUUGAGAGUUAAGGCAAAAAUAACUUUUGAAGAUGCUAUUAAAAGUAAAGCUGACAAAGAUGAACUUGACGCAACGAACAAAGUUUUGAAAUCUCAUAAACACAAUAUCUCCGAUAUAAAUGAACUUCAAGCUACAUUAAAUAGUAAAGCCGACAAGAACCAUACACAUAAAUCCUUCACUACUGUUAGAGCAGACGACAUAAUAUUGAACUAUACCCUCGGUUCAAGUGCACCUUCAGAGAAUCCGAGUACAAGCGUAAAAGAUACUCUUAACAAUUUAGAUAACUAUUGCAGGAAUAUCGAAGAUCAUGCCAGAAACUUUGAAGCAUAUGAACUACCAACAAUGUUAAAUAGUAAAGCCGACAAGAACCAUACACAUGAAGAACUUCUAACAAUGAAGACUCAGAUUCUUGAAACCAUAUAUCCUGUUGGUUCUUUAUAUACAUCAAUGAAUUCAACAAAUCCAGCAACAGUUCUGGGUUUUGGUACAUGGAAGCAGAUUGUAGACAAAUUCUUAUAUUGUACUAAUAGUUCAAAACAAGCCGGUGGUUCAAAGAAAAUUAAAGAAGCAAACCUUCCACCGCACACUCAUACAGGAACGACAAACUUUUCUGGCGACCAUAGCCACUCAUUAAGAGACCACCCAUUAUACAACUCAGACUAUGAAGCCGGCAAUGACGUUUUAUCUCCAUCUUAUAACAAUUCAGCAAAAAAGACUUUUCGACCAACUGAACCAGGAGGAAAUCAUGUCCAUACUUUCACAACAAAUCCAACAGGCUUGGGUAAAGAUUACAUGCCACCAUUUGUGACUGUAUUCGCAUGGUACCGCGUUCAUUGA